AUGCUCCACGCUGUCCCUAAUUCUGAACACGCCCCUCAGGAAGAGUGUGGAUCAGGUCUGUGGACAAGGGGAGAGGACCUGGUGCCACCCUCUACUCUUGCUCUGGCUGAGACCUGCCUGCCUGGUCAGAGGGGCCCCAGCCCACUCCGGGUCCUCUCUUUUGUGGGGUCUGGUGGGACCUUCGACAGGCUUUGUCUCUUGUCAAUGGAGGAGGCGAACCUUCGGCCCAGGCCCGGGACAGGUGUGCGUGUGUGUGUGUGUUCAGGAUCCCGCAUCUAUGCAAAAGGGGCAGAGCUGCCUGGGCGACUCCGGCAGUGA